AAAAAAAGAGUUAAGGAAACCGGGCUGGUAUCCGAAACCUAAAGCCCUCUAGGAGUCUAGCUGCGCCCUCCGAGUUGGCUCAUUCGUGGACCGAGUUUGACUCGUCCACCGGACUCACUGCGUUCGACAUUGACGGCAUGGAUCGUUCUCGAGCUUUCGUCAAAGACGUCAAGCGCCUCAUCAUCAAGGUUGGGACUGCUGUUGUUACACGAGCUGAAGGAAGAUUAGCAUUAGGAAGGUUAGGAGCGCUAUGUGAGCAGAUCAAGGACUUGAACUCUCAAGGUUAUGAGGUUAUUGUAGUAUCAUCGGGUGCUGUUGGCCUUGGCCGCCAACGGCUUAGAUACAGGAGAUUAGUUAACAGCAGCUUUGCUGAUCUCCAAAAACCACAAGUUGAGUUUGAUGGGAAGGCAUGUGCAGCUGUUGGCCAAAAUAGUCUUAUGGCUCUCUAUGAUACAUUAUUUAGUCAGCUAGAUAUCACAUCAGCUCAGCUUCUGGUGACGGAUAAUGAUUUUAGGGACAAGGAUUUUAGAAACCAACUUAGUGAAACUGUAAAGUCAUUAUUAGCUCUGAAAGUCAUUCCUAUAUUCAAUGAAAACGAUGCAGUCAGUACCAGGAGAGCUCCCUAUGAGGAUUCUUCUGGUAUAUUUUGGGACAAUGACAGUUUGGCUGCUCUACUAGCUUUGGAGCUAAAAGCUGAUCUUCUUGUUUUGUUGAGUGAUGUAGAGGGUCUGUACAGUGGCCCUCCAAGUGACCCAAAGUCAAAGCUAAUCCAUACCUACAUUAAGGAAAGGCAUCAGGGUGAAAUUACUUUUGGAGACAAGUCUAGGGUGGGAAGAGGGGGUAUGACUGCAAAAGUAAAAGCUGCUGUGUAUGCAGCUGAUGCUGGCAUCCCUGUUGUUAUCACAAGUGGGUAUGCUGCUGAAAACAUCAUUAAAGUCCUUCAAGGAGAGUGUAUCGGGACCCUCUUUCAUCAUGAUGCUCAUCUAUGGGCUGCAGUUAGAGAAGUUGGUGCUCGUGAGAUGGCAAUUGCAGCAAGGGAAAGCUCCAGACGGCUUCAGGCCAUGUCUUCACAUGAUAGGAAAAAAAUUCUGCUGGACAUAGCCGAUGCCCUAGAAGCAAAUGAAAAACUGAUUAAUACUGAAAAUGAAGCUGAUAUUCUUGCUGCACAACAAGCAGGAUAUGAAAAGUCUUUGAUAGCUCGGCUUGCUCUAAAGCCUGGGAAGAUUUCAAGCCUUGCAAACUCAGUUCGUGUACUUGCAAACAUGGAAGAUCCAAUUGGUUGCAUUCUAAAGAAAACAGAGCUUGCAGAUGGACUUGUAUUAGAGAAAACAUCAAGUCCUUUGGGUGUUCUCCUGAUUGUUUUUGAGUCUCGUCCCGAAGCACUAGUGCAGAUAGCUUCAUUAGCAAUCAGAAGUGGGAAUGGACUUCUCUUGAAAGGAGGAAAGGAGGCCAACCGAUCAAAUGCAAUUCUACACAAGAUUAUCACUGGAGCCAUCCCUGAUAGUGUUGGAAAAAAAGUUGUUGGACUUGUGACUUCAAGAGAGGAGAUUCCUGAUCUCCUUAAGCUUGAUGACGUAAUUGAUCUCGUAAUUCCCAGAGGCAGCAAUAAACUUGUAUCUCAAAUCAAGAAUUCUACUAAAAUUCCAGUUUUGGGUCAUGCUGAUGGAAUUUGCCAUGUUUACAUUGACAAGUCUGCUAACAUGGAUAUGGCAAAGCAAAUUGUUUUGGAUGCAAAAGUAGAUUAUCCGGCAGCAUGUAAUGCAAUGGAAACACUUCUUGUCCACAAGGAUUUGAUUCUAACUGAAGGGGUAAAUGAGCUUAUUGUUGACCUCAGGAUUGAAGGUGUGACAUUAUAUGGUGGACCAAGGGCAAGCACCUUGCUAAAUAUUCCUGAGGCCCGGUCGUUCCAUCAUGAGUACAAUUCGUUGGCUUGCACUGUUGAAAUUGUGGAUGAUGUAUACGCAGCCAUUAAUCAUAUACAUCAACAUGGAAGUGCACAUACUGAUUGUGUCAUUGCAGAAGACCUUGAAGUUGCUGAAGUUUUUCUACAUCAAGUUGACAGUGCUGCUGUUUUUCACAAUGCAAGUACCAGAUUUUGUGAUGGGGCUCGGUUUGGAUUAGGUGCAGAGGUUGGCAUAAGCACAAGCCGAAUUCAUGCUCGGGGUCCAGUAGGAGUUGAAGGAUUGUUAACAACAAGAUGGAUUCUCAGAGGCUGUGGACAAGUGGUUAAUGGUGAUAAAGGGUUAGUUUACACACACAAGGACCUCACAAACUAGUCCCGCGAGAAAGAAAAUAAAAAGAAAAUGCUACGAAAUGUUGUGUUGGUUGUCUUUCGUAUACCUUCAUAGUAUAAUCGUGUAGGCUCGAUAUUCUUUUCCUAAUUCAACUUGUAUUUGAAAAAUAAAUAUCCGAUCAUGAUGAAAAUUGCCCCUCCUUUGGCUUGUAAUUGCUAAUGCAGUUUGUCGAUUGACCUUGGUUUGCACAUGACAAUUUUGGACAAUCUGGAAAUUUUACCCUUUUUCUUUUUC